UCUCCGCUGCCCCGCCUCUCCCGCCUUCCGCCACUGCGCCGGCGCCUCCGGGAACGCCAGGCCUGGUCCCGCUUCCUAGGAUAGCGCUGCGCGCAUGCGCCUUGACGAGUGAGCGGGGAGCCAUGGACAACUGUUUGGCAGCCGCAGCGCUGAAUGGGGUGGACCGACGUUCCCUGCAGCGCUCAGCAAGGCUGGCUCUAGAAGUGCUGGAGCGGGCCAAGAGGAGGGCGGUGGACUGGCAUGCCCUGGAGCGUCCCAAAGGCUGCAUGGGGGUCCUUGCCCGGGAGGCGCCCCACCUAGAGAGACAGCCGGCAGCCGGCCCGCGGCGCGUUUUCCCGGGAGAGAGAGAAGAGAGACCCCCAACCCUUAGUGCUUCCUUCAGAACAAUGGCUGAAUUCAUGGACUAUACUUCAAGUCAGUGUGGGAAAUAUUAUUCAUCUGUGCCAGAGGAAGGAGGGGCAACCCAUGUCUAUCGUUAUCACAGAGGCAAGUCAAAGCUGCACGUGUGCUCGGACAUAGGGAAUGGUCAGAGAAAAGACGGAAAAAAGACAUCCCUUGGUCGUGGAGGCAUCUACCAAAUAUCAGAGUAUGUUCCAGAGGCAUCCCAGCCUGCUGAGAACAUCUCUAAGGACCUCUACAUAGAAGUGUAUCCAGGGACCUAUUCUGUCACUGUGGGCUCAAAUGACUUAACCAAGAAGACUCAUGUGGUAGCAGUUGAUUCUGGACAAAGUGUGGACCUGGUCUUCCCUGUGUGAUGUUGACCAUCACUGCCUUCACAUCACCUUUUUUUAAGUAGUAAGAAUAAAGCCACUAUAUGAUUCUCUUGAUAGCUAUACAUUAAUCCUGUUUUUAAUGCUGACUGGGUCAGCCUUCCCAGGAACUGGAGUCUGUCUCUUUCAGUGCCUUUUGUAACUUGAGGGUGUAGAAGUCCUCCAUGCUUGUUUGCCUGAAAGUAAUAUGAUUCGCUUUCGGAACAGGUUUUACUGCUUGCUUUCCAAGUAGAGGUUAAUUAUGAUAAUAAAGAGACUGGAAAUGAA